GAGCUAGCAUGUGGCAUCAAGGCAUAAUCGCCGGUUUUAAUGUCGAUAAGAACACUGGAAGAGCAUGUAGAUACGCGGGCCAGGCAGUGAGAGCUCUGCCCAUACGAGUGAUAACAGUGGGGAAAAAGAGAUCAGAAGGUGUUCGACUCUUGGUCGAUGAGUACAAGAUCAAGCUUAAACCCUAUUGCUCCUUCGAAGAUUCACUGGUUCGCUCCAAUCCUCGAAAUGCGCAGGAUGUUAGAGCUCAGGUUGAGGAUGAAGAGGCGGCUAUGAUGAAGCUUAUUGGGUCUGAUGAUUGGGUUGUGGUUCUUGACGAGAGAGGCCGUGACAUUGAUUCGGAGCAGAUGGCUGAGUUACUAGGUGAUGCAGGAAAUAGUGGUGCUUCGAGGAUAUCGUUUUGUAUAGGUGGAGCUUAUGGACAUGGAAGACAGGUGAGGAAGCGAGCUAAUGUGAUCAUUCGACUUUCGUCCAUGGUUCUGAAUCAUCAGAUAGCUCUUGUGGUAUUGAUGGAACAGCUUUACAGGUCAUGGACUAUUCUCAAGGGACAAAACUACCAUCACUGAUGAAUAAUAAUUUCUACUUUGAAGAUGACACUAGAGCUGAGACAAGAUAGGAACCAUUUCAGGCCUUGGCUUAGGUAAUGCGACAAGCGGCUCAGCCUUAGCCAUCGCCACACCAAACACAGGCCUCAUGUCUAUAUCUCCUUCUUCCACCUUCUCCCACUCAAAACACUGAACCAAUGCUCCAACAGCAAGCGCCACUGUCCUCAUUCCAAAUCCAGCUCCAGGACACGCCCUCCUCCCAACUCCAAACGGCAAGAACCUGAAACCAUCUUUAUCUCCAACAAACCCUUCAAAUCUCUCCGGCUUGAACACAUCCGCGUCUUCCCAAAGCUCACCGUCCCUAUGAACAGCCCAAGCAUUCACCAACAACAUUGUGUUUUCAGGGAUCUCGUAGUCGCCUAUGUUAAAUCUCUUUGAUGAGUAGUGAGGAAGCAAGAGCGGAGCCGCAGGGUAUAGCCUAAGCGUCUCAUAGAUGACACAUCGGAGAUAAGGUAAGCUCGAGAGAUCCGAGUCUUGUAUUAUCCCAUUGUGCUUAACAUUAGAUCUGAUUUCUUCUCUGAGCUUCUCGAGCUUAUCUGGAUGGUUCAGUAAAACCGACAUUGCCCAUUCCAUCACCCCAGGUGAAGUAUCCGUUCCGGCGUUGAACAUUAGCACCACAAUUCCUUUGAUAACAUCAUCUGAGUAGAACUCUGGCUCUGUUUCUUGAAGGCGCAAGAAUUUCUCCACCAGCGAACCGGUGGAAUCAGCUUUCUUCACUCGGAUUUCAUCUAUGAUUCGCUGAAGAUACUCAUCUCUCAUCCUCUGCAUCUCCAUCACUCUCUUCUCAAUACCCUUGUACCCAAUCCACCUUAGCACUGGGAAAUAAUCGCAGACGUUCAUGGACAUGCUGGAGAAAAACCUCGAUUUGAAAUCAUCCAAGAACCUCUUCUCUGCUUCCGGAUCGCUCCCUUCGACACCACGGUUCCCAGAUACUAACCUGAGCAUGACGUGAGCGGUGAGAAGAGUGAACUGAUACUUGAGAUCCGCUUUCCGAGAGUCACGGGAUAGACCGAAGAGAAUCGAACAGAGAUUCGAGACUUCUUGGUUUCGGAUGAAGGAGUUCUUCUGGAGACUUGCGGAGGAGAAGACCUCGAGGGUGGAGAUACGGCGGAGAGUUCGCCAGAGAUCGCCGUAAGGAGCGAAACCGAAGUUUUUGUAGCCGUAGCUGAAAUGAUCGGAGGUGAUGGUCCUGGGGCGGUUCGCGAGGGUUUGGUCGUGAUUGGUGAAGCAUUCCUGGAUGGAUUCUGGGGAAGAGAGAACCAAAACGGGACGGCAUCCGAAUUUGAGGAAGAGAACCGGGCCGUAGUUUGAAGAAAGGAGAUGCAGAGCUUGUGGUAAAGGAUUCUUCUUGAUGAGGUGAAGAUGGCCGAUGAUCGGAAGAGGCGUGGGGCUUGGGGGUAGUUUAGUGUUUUGACUCCACAGGGAUUUGGCGAUGAAGAAGAAGGAAGUAGCUGCGAGAGAGAAGAAGAUGAACCAGAGAUUUUCCAUUUUCUUUUUUUUGGUCAACGCCGGAGAUUUGUCGUUCGUUUUUUUUAGUUUUUGCCGUCACAAAGUAGUCAACACUUGCUGCUUGUUUGACAAAAAGAAGAAACAAAACGUAUUCGACUUCUGUUGAACAAUAAAAACGAAAAAAAUGUUUACUUAAAGCCAGUUUCUUAACAAACUAAUAUUUUGGCUUUUAGUAUUUAUGACUUAUACUGAUAAGUG